AGUAUUUCAAUUUUGCAGUCAAUAAAGCUGAUAGAGGUCGCGAGACGCGUACCUGGCUUGGCAAUUUUUCUCAAAGGUGGCUUAGGAACAUCAUUUUGCCGCGAGCCGAAAUCUCGACCAGUCCCGACGUCGCAAAUUGCAGUCACGGAUAUUGUUAUUAAGCAGUUUUGUUCAACGUUUAACGUUUUUGGAGAUAUUAUUACAGAUUAUGAAUAUCACAGUGUCGUUUGUUAAUUAUCAUAAGAAACUUUAAUUGUUUUAUGUACAAAGGUUGAGUAUAGAUGUACAGUUUCGUUUGAGAAUGCAUUGUGUACAUAGAUAAAUUUCCGAGGGAGAAUUUUUAAUAUAUUUCAUAUCGACUUUCAUUUAUAAUGCGAUCAAAGUGUUUUAAGAAUGAAUGAAAACGAUUCCAUUUACGGGACUACGUUGUCCCAAGAGUCAAUAAAAGUGAUAGCGGAGAGCAUAGGUGUUGGGAACUUCCCUGAUGAAGCUGCUAAAGAUCUUGCUGAAGAUGUGAGCUAUAGACUGAAAGAAAUUAUACAGGAUGCAGCUAAAUUUAUGAGGCAUGGUAAACGUCAACGUAUGACAACGCAUGAUAUAGAUCAUGCUUUAAAGAUAAAUAAUAUCGAACCUACGUAUGGAUUUUUUGCCAAGGAUCAUGUACCAUUUCGUUUUGCUUCGGGAGGUGGCCGUGAAUUACAUUUCGUAGAAGAAAAAGAAAUUGAUCUGAACGAAGUUAUAUCGAUGUCCAGUGGCCAAGCAUGGCCUAAAUUACCUUUGGAAAUCACAUUACGUACACACUGGCUUUGCAUAGAUGGUGUGCAGCCUACAAUACCAGAGAAUCCACCUCCAGUAUCUAAAGACGUGCAAAAGUUGGAGAGUGUCGAUCCAACGAGUAAACUGUCGAAUAAGAAUCAGAAUAUUGGUGUCGGGAAACCGGGUAGCGGUGUCAAGAGUCAGAAAUUACGCAACGUAGAAACUGUUCACGUGAAACAGUUAGCGACGCACGAACUGAGUGUUGAACAACAAUUGUAUUACAAGGAAAUUACCGAGGCUUGCGUCGGAUCCGACGAAGCACGCAGAGCGGAAGCGCUCCAGUCCCUUUCAGCUGAUCCUGGUUUACACGAAAUGCUGGCACGGAUGUGCACUUUCAUUGCGGAAGGCGUACGCGUUAACGUCGUACAGAACCAUCUCGCUCUUCUCAUUUAUUUGAUGCGAAUGGUCAAGGCCCUUUUGGACAAUCCCAGUCUUUACUUGGAAAAAUAUCUACACGAAUUGAUACCAUCCAUUGCAACUUGUAUAGUUUCACGGCAACUGUGUAUGAGACCCGAAGUAGAUAAUCACUGGGCGCUCCGUGAUUUCGCGUCGCGGCUUAUGUCUCAGAUUUGCAAAAAUUUUAACACCUCUACCAAUAAUGUACAAACUAGAGUAACUAGAAUGUUUAGUCAAGCCCUGACGAAAUGUAGAGAGACUCCACUGGCCUCGCUUUACGGUGCAAUUGAAGGAUUAUGCGAAUUAGGCCCAGAAGUCAUUAAGGCAUUGGUUAUUCCCAAAAUUAAAUCGAUAUCCGAACGCAUUGAAUCGUGUAUCGAAGGACCAGGUUUGUCGAGCGUGGAUAAAAAUGGAGCAGGUCAUAUAAAGACACUACUAGUGAAAUCUGUGGCUCCUGUUUUAAAAACACUACGGUCUCCACCGGAUCUUGUAGAAGAAUACAAGCAAGAUUAUGGCUACAUAGGUCCUGCAUUAUGUGCAGCUGUUGCGAAAGCUCGCACGCAACCGGCAACUUUAGCAACGACUGCAUCCACGACAACGGCUCUAACGACGGGCCAGCAGGGUCCUACGUGUCCUGGAAAAACUAUAGUACAAGCUGUAACCAGCUCUAGUCCUGGGCAACAAACCGGGCGUACGAUCAUGCUUGGUACAGGCAGAACUACCGGAGGACCUACUACAGCUGGAGGACAAAAAUUUGUCAUCUUACAGUCUCGAUCUCAAACGCCGACCGCAACGAAUAUAAACACUAACGCAAUACAACAGCAACAACAACAGCAACAACAGCAAGUUAAGAUAGCUCAAAGCAACGUCGUUCAGCAAAAGACGCAUAUGCAAAGCAAUGCGCCAAAAUUGGUAGUCGUUUGCAUGCCAAACAGCAGUCACAAUACGACCACGGUAACUCAGACAAAUCUAACGACAAAGGCACAGAACAUGUUUGUCACUCAACAGAAUAUGGAAUGUUCGCUAAGUCCAGAGGAUGAACAUUCGUUCCAAACAUUUUUUUGUGAAAUGGCUAAAAACGAGCUUCCGUUAACGUUCUGUGCGAAUACUGUUCAAGAAAAUGAAAGAAUGUUACAGGAAUCAUAUAAAAAUGAAAUAGCUACCAAAAACAAAGAUUACAAAAGAUUGUUCACCAAGCUUAAUCACUUUUGUCAAGCAAAAUCAACCAAAGAACAUACUCAGUUGAAUCCUUCUUGGUAUAAUAAAAAUAUUACAAUUUAUACUUAUGGAUCUAUCAAUGGAUUUCCAUCUGGUUCGUGGUGGGGUAUUCGUAUGGAUUGCUCUAGGGAUUGUGUUCACGAUCCGUUCGAUAAAGACAUUCAAGACGGACCAUUCGGAGUGACUUCUAUUUGUACUUCAAGUACAAAUCAAAACGAGGAUGUAGACUUUGGAACAUCUCUGACUAUUACAGGACAAAAAUACCUCGAUGGAAAUAUAGAUCCUCUUAUUAAAAACUACGAAAGUCAAAUACCACUGAGACUAAUCAGAAGUUACAAUUUGCUUAACAAGUUCGCGCCUAAAACUGGUUACAGAUAUGAUGGUUUAUACCUUGUAACUAGCUUUUGGAUAGGCGUAAAUCCAGAUUCCGUGAAAUUCUACAAAUUCUCUCUCUCGCGCGUAAUGAAUCAGGAGCCAUUGUCCUGCGGUAUGAAAGAGCUGGUUUCGAUGAGUACCGUUUCUUCUACGUCCAUGCCUGUACAGGAUAACUCAAAGAGUUCUGGUCCAAAUGUGUAUGAAUUUAAAAAAUAUUCGCAUAGCUCGGACUCUGUAGCGCAAAAGGAAAGAACACACGAUAAUCCCAAUGGAUUUCCGUAUAUCGAAAAUAAACGAAACAAUGAAAAAGGAAGGAUCAGUUCUGAGAGUGCGAUAGUCACCCGUCAUGUGUUUAAAAAAGUAAACCCUAUCGCAGAAUGUACCUUGAACGUACCGAGCACAUCCGCUGUGUCGGAGAGUAAAUUGUUCACUCAUAUUGGAAGUCAAGGAUCUAAGACCCAUAGUACAAAUAUUUCUAUACGUACCGGAUUGUACGACUCGUCGCACAGUGCACAAAAUGAUACCAAAAAGAACACUUCGUCACCGUUUUGCAGAACGGCAAAGUCGCUAAACAUGCUCAAAAACAAUCAGCACAUGGAAAAUCGGAAUUCACCCAUUAAAGACAAAGGUAAAAACUCCGAUGGGAAAUCCACUUCAAACGAAUGCCCUACACGCGUUAACUAUACAUCCGUUAGUGCGAUGAAAUUAGAACCAGUAAAGAAAGAUGCUAGUGCAGAAAUGAACACGACUUCAAACAAUUCAAGCCCAUGUCAUAGAUAUGAGUGCAACAGUGCACCCAAGGAAAUCACGAAUGAUUCCAAGGAUGCGAACGGUACUGCAAACGCAUUUGAUACGACGACUAACAUGUUAAAAAUGACAAGUUGUAUGUAUAAAAAUGAAACUUCAGUAAAUAAAGUAGUAUCCAGAAACGAUCAGGAAUCGAAGGUACUCGAUUCUCUGGAUUUACUGACGCCAGAUAGGAUCCUUCAUUUGAUUAAAAAUAAAGAUAAUCCUUUGUCGAAAUUAUUAAUGGGAAAUAUGAUAGGACUAACGGCAGAACAAACUAUAGCGUUACAAACGGGAAAUAAAGUGAAAGCCGAGUCAGAGAUCAAAGAGAAGAUGAAAAAUAAUACUGAAGAAAAAGAAAGAACGAAUUUUGAAGUUGCCACGGACGAUUCGACCGCAUCAAGGUGUUACAAGUUCAGGAGGCGCAGAAGGUUGUCCAGGAAAACAAUGAAUAAACCGGAUACGUCGAAGUAUGUUAAGAUGUAUAAUAAAAUGUUUAAUAAUAGGUCUGCACCUUCUUUGGACGGCUUAGAGCACUCUCGAAGGGAUAAAACAGAUAUUUGUAAAGAUGCGAAAGAGGAAGUACAACAGAAUCGCGUGCAAAAACGCGAAACAAAUUGUCCGCGGAAUUCAGCGAGGAACAUCGAAAGGAACGUCGGGAAUGCUAAGGAAACAAGAAUGCGUUUAAAAACUACCACAAAACCAACUGAUUCGUCAAUGAAGAAGCACGGACAUAAAAAACAAAGAAGAGAAAUUACAAAUUUAUUGAUAGACGCGAAAAUUGGGCCGAAAAUACGCGGCCCGCGAUAUAGAAGAUUACGUGCGCGUAAUGAUAACAAACGUACGUGCGUGAAAUCAUCUUACAAAUGUUACGAUACGAGGAUAUGCACGUUAGGCACGUGCAGAGUUAAGUCGGAACAGUCCGCCUUCAGGAACAGGAAUAAACUUGCAAGGAUUGCAAAUCGCAAACGCAUUAGAAAUAGGAAGAACAGCAGGUACGUUAAAGGGUCGGAGACGUUAAACGUGAAGCUCGACACGAUCGACAGUAAGGCUACUGUAUCAACGAAAAUCGAUGAUGAUUAUGAUGUAAAUCAGUUCUUGAGUAACAAUAAUAACGAGAACGAGAAUAAUAAUGUUGAUAAGGAUGACAAUAAUAAGAAAUCAAAAUUUACAGAAAAAAUUCGUGUAAAAACUGUAGAGAAUAAAAACAUAAUGUUUAUUAAGAAUCAAAAACGAAGAUUGGUACAAACUGUGUACAGAGAACCUAAAUGCAGGAAGAUCGAAGAAGAAUUAAAGAACGGCUAUGAAAGCGAAAUUUCAAAGCCGUACAAAGCGGAUGCCGUUACUCAGUGUUCCCUUCUUAAAGAGCCACUAAUGAGAAACGUAAAGUCGAGCAAUUCUAAACAGAAUAAUAUUCGCAAUGAGCAGCACAUUUUUAUUAGAAUCGAAUAUGGUGACUUCAAAGAUAUGAAAUCCGAAUUGUGCGAAUCUAUGAAAUCGGCCAACGGGAGUAAAAGUGAUUCGACAUUUAAAUCUAAUGAAAAAUAUAUGGCUUGUAGAAAACCUGUGUAUAAUAUACAACGUUCUGAGAAUGCUCCGAUAUCGUUAAAUGAUAAUAAUAUUUUGAAUACAAAGGAACAGAAUAAAUGUUCUUCUGAAAGAAUGUCCGCGUUCGUACCUGUUAAUAUACCGAAUAACGAUAUAAAGAUCGCUCGGCUGAGAUCUAUAGGAUUUAAACCGAUCGAUUUCACCAACAGUGACGAAAAUGUCAGUCAACGAGAAAAGGUAACCGAAACAACUAAACGAAACGUUGCCGACAAAUAUGACAAGUAUACGAACGAAGAGAGCGAUAUCGUUGUUUACAUGGACGAUGAAUUACAGUAUCAAGAUAUCGAGAACGAAGACGUCCAAAAUUCUUCUUUAAUCAAACGUAAAAUGUCAAUGGAUUCAGCGGUAUGCGCGGUAAAGGAGGAACGAUUAAGCAGCGUUUUGGAGGAUGAAUCGUUACUGGAACAAGAAUUAGAAUCACCUUGGCACGGGUGGAGGAAAGUUGUAACGAACGAAGAAACGUAUUGGGUUGGCUGGUAAACUAAACAUUUCCGUGAAACCAUUUGUAAUACUUCAUGCAUGUAAUUUUUAGUGAAAAUUUACAUACGCGUGGGAGUGCGCGUGUGCGCUUAUACAAAUCUGCCAAAAUACGGCUGUCAAUAAAUGUGCUAAGUUAUUUUUACACUGAUCAUUGAUAAAACUUUUCAAUUGUAAUAUAUUAAUACGUCUGAUUGUUCUGUCCUUCAAGUGUGGAUAGUAAAUUCAUUCUAAUGAAUAUUCUUUUCUUUUUGCUGAAGGGAUGGAACGCCAGUGAAAAAUAUUGUAACUCUAAUAUAGAUAAUAUUACUUGUUACCUGUACAGAAAAUGGUGAUUUACUUUAACAAUUGUUCUACUGUUAUUUUUUU